AUGAAGUUCUCAAAGCCAUUAUUCCUUUGGGUAGCUUUGAUAAUUGUAUCUCAUUAUGUAGCUCAUGCAUCUAUUGUUGAAAUGAGUAACAAAGAGAAUGUGACUUCGUUGGACGAUGAAACUUUUGAUCAACUUUCUCCGGUGGAGGAGACCAAAAAUUCUCCAUCGGGUUCGGUCCGUGGUCUUCUCUUUAACUUCGAGUCUUUGCAAAAGGGAGUGACGUGCAACAAAUACCCUAGAGUUUGCCGAGCUAAGGGCAGCAAAGGGCCAGAUUGUUGCAACAGGAAAUGUGUAAAUGUGGAGACGGAUAGGAACAAUUGUGGAAUGUGUGGGAAUAAAUGCAAGUACUCGAGGAUUUGUUGCAAUGGGAGGUGUGUGAAUCCGAUGUUUAAUAAGAAGCAUUGUGGUGGAUGCAACAAUGAAUGUAGUAAAGGAAACUAUUGUGCGUUUGGGAUGUGUGACUAUGCUUAA